GUGUGCGUGCUGCCCGACGUUACACUUGGUUCGUUGUCGUCCAGCUGAUGGCACACUCAUUGGCAUCCGAGUGCCGGUCUGGAUAUUCGCGAUCAACUAGCACUGGUUGGUUAAAGUGUUACUAAAAGAAGACUAUGUGAUCAGUUUACAGUGUAGUGUUGUUCGAGGAAAUGUUCGAUGAAACUAGCGCAAUGAUCGUGUCUCAUGCUUUUCUCGCGUAUGAAGAAGCUCUUACCAUCCAGCUUAAAUGGGGAUGGUCGUGAGUUUUAAUGACCAACCGUCGGUGUCCUAGUGGAAUGGGUGUGCAUGCAACAAGCUGGUGUAGCAUCAGCAAACUGUGAAGGGUGUUGUGUACAUACUGCAAUGAACGACAUUGUUAUCCAGGUUAAUGUGACCGCACACGGGUUUGUGGCUGAAACCUCCUUCAACCCACCAGAUCAGCCAAACAAUUCGUGACAUCAUUUUCGCGACCGUUCUGUUAGUGUUUCAGCGAUAUAAUAAAGCAAGAAAAAAAGGCAUAUAAAAACACUCGAUUAUCUGCUAUAAAGCGAGCGAGCGGUUUUGAUGAAGCUGGAAACGAUAACGGACCGAAAACCCCUGGCGAGGAUUAUGUGCGAUACGGUUAUGGGGACGUACUGGAAAACCAAAUGCUUCAUAAACUAAUUACUUUCAACGGAACGGUGGGUAAAGGUUAAGCAGAACGAAUGGCAGGUAGCUGUACCGGCACCGCGGCUUGCAGCAGGCUUAAUGCAGCACUGGCAAGACUGCCCACUGGACGCUGACCGCGGUCCGGAUGCAAUCAACCAGCGAAAAAGCGGAUGUCCUUUCGGUGAACCUCUGAAAGCCUGCCCACUCGUACGGCAACCAGCUCCAGCUAACUGGCCAGUCGUCGAUGGCAGCAAAUAAUUUCCGGCGCAUCAAUUCCACCAGCCAUUCGCCGGGUUCGCCGUGUACGAAGGGUGUGCAAAUAACCUUCCCGUCGCGCCGCACCGGACCCGAACCGGUCCCGACCACACCAUCGUCGCUCUUUAAGGGAGCUGCUGCCAAGCUAUUGAAUUAUAACAUUCCCUGGCAUUUCCCUACUGCGAUUGGACAUUGAGGUGUGGAUGGACAUGGUUUGUGGUUCUUGUGUGCAUAACUGUGCGUGUGUGUUAUAUGGCAACUGGACCAGGAUCAUAGUUUAUGGUGCAGAAUUUGUUUAAUGAAAUUGUGAAAACGGAACCUCCGAAAGUGUGCGAGAAGCUUCAGAGCAUCGGUCUUGGCUCAGUAAGGAAUUGGAAAUGGAAACUGCCGGGACGCCGUAUCGUAUCACAUUCCAGAACGGGUGAUAUCAAACAAACGAUAAAUAAUAACCCGGGAUGAAGCGCAAUGUGUGGUGAACAAGUGUUUAUUAAGCGCCAGCGUGAGAUGAUUCUAUCACAUUCCAUCAGCAACGAAUAGCGUACAAGUGAGCGAGACUUACCCGCAUCCGAAAUAUGGCCAUCAACGAUUCCCUCCAACUCACCACCAGUGCGUCGGUCAUCAUCAACUAUACGGCCGCACUGUCCACCACCUAUCAGGAGCUGUUUGUCAAUCUGCAGCUGAACGAGGCCGGCCUUGGGUCGGUGUUUGACGAUCGGCAUCGGGCCAAUGUGACGAUCGGAUGCAGUAGGGCUUGCCUGUCCUGGAAGAAGCUCGUGCUUGUGGCACUGUUCUGCCUGCUGAUAGUGAUCACGGUCGUCGGGAAUACGCUGGUGAUCCUGUCCGUGCUGACCACGCGACGAUUACGCACCGUCACGAACUGCUUCGUAAUGAGUUUGGCUGUGGCCGACUGGCUAGUCGGUAUCUUCGUGAUGCCUCCCGCCGUCAUCGUGUUCGUCGUUGAAUCAUGGCAACUGGGCUGGAUACUAUGCGACAUUUGGAUAUCGCUCGACGUGCUGCUCUGUACGGCCUCCAUCCUUAGCCUCUGUGCAAUCAGCGUUGAUAGAUAUCUGGCCGUUACGAGACCGCUCACCUACUCGAAACGGAGACGCUCCAAGCGGUUAGCACUGUUGAUGAUUUUCGUCGUGUGGCUGGUAGCGCUAGCAAUCACCUGUCCCCCAAUUCUUGGCUGGUACGAUCAGGACCGAAGGACACUACAGACCUAUGAGUGCCACUACAACCAGAACAAGGGCUACGUCGUGUUCUCCGCCAUGGGGUCCUUCUUCAUCCCGAUGACCGUGAUGCUGUACGUCUACUCGAAGAUAUGCUGUGUGCUGACGUCUCGCCAAAACAGGAUGACCAAAACGGAGGCGACCGAAAAGAAUUGCGAUAUCGAAGUGGACAACUGUACAUCGGAUGCUGACACCAGCCCACGGCAAAUGGCGAGCGGAGCGUUCGGUGGGCGACAUGCACUUUCCACCGGUCACUACCCGAAUGGUAGUAGCAGCAACAACACAUCACACCAGACGUUGUACGAAUUUCUUAGCUCGAACCGUACUACACCCAAUGCGGCGUCGCGUGGCACACAGAACACCACCCGGAAUGGUAGCAACGCCAGUGGCAUGUCCAAAUUCUCCGGUGCCACAUUUGAACUGCGACCCAUCAACACGGUCCAGUUCAGUGCAAGCCAAAUCUCGCUCUCGGAAUCGUGCGCUUCGAAUGUGACGACUAACGCGACCAAGAUACGCCUGCACGGGAAACGCAUCCCGAUCCGCAUCUCGUCGCUCAAGCGCGAAACGAAGACGGCCCAAACGCUCAGCAUGGUGGUGGGCGGGUUCAUCGCCUGCUGGCUACCAUUCUUCGUGUACUACCUGCUGAUGCCAUUCCUGCCCGAUGACUCAAAGAGUGACGACCUGAUGGAGUUCUUGACCUGGCUCGGCUGGAUUAACAGCGCCAUCAAUCCGUUCAUUUACGCAUUCUACAACGUUGACUUCCGGGUGGCGUUCUGGCGCCUCACGCUGCGGAAGUUCUUUAAAAAUAAGCACAACCUCACCUUUUACAAAUCGUAAGCGGCCUCGCCCCGAUAGCAUGAAAAGACAGUAUGUGUCCGUGUUUCGUUACUUUAUACAUAGAAUGAAAUAAAUAUAAAUAAAACAGAAA